CCGGCGCGCCCCCGCCGCAGCCUGGGUUCCGGGUGCGCACGCUCCCUCGCCUGCUUUCUGCAGCCGCCGCCAGGGCCAUGGCGACCUGCCUGCGGCUCCGGAGCUGCCCGGCUCCGCACCUCCGGCGGGCACCUCCCAGCCGGGUCUGCCGCCCCCGUGCCGACUGCCCGGUGGCCCCGAUCCGUGGCUACGCCCGAGGCCCGGCGGGCCUCUCCUCGGCCCUGCUGCGCACCGACGGCUUCGUGGGCGGCCUCUGGGUCUCGGCAGCCGCCACCUUCCCGGUGCACGACCCGGCCAGCGGCGCCGAGCUGGGUUUGGUGGCUGACUGCGGGGUGCCGGAGGCCCGCGCCGCCGUGCGCGCUGCCUACGAGGCUUUCUGCAGCUGGAGGGGGGUCUCGGCCAAGGAGAGGAGUUCUUUACUUCGCAAGUGGUAUGACUUAAUGAUACAAAAUAAGGAUGACCUUGCCAAGAUAAUUACAGCUGAAAGUGGAAAGCCACUGAAGGAGGCACAGGGAGAAAUUCUCUAUUCUGCCAACUUCCUGGAGUGGUUUUCAGAGGAAGCCCGCCGUGUUUACGGAGACAUUAUCUCCACCCCGGCAAAAGAAAGGCGUGCUCUUGUCCUCAAGCAGCCCCUCGGCGUGGCUGCCGUCAUCACCCCGUGGAAUUUCCCCAGCGCCAUGAUCACGCGGAAGGUGGGGGCCGCCCUGGCAGCCGGCUGCACGGUCGUGGUGAAACCUGCCGAGGACACGCCCUUCUCCGCCCUGGCCUUGGCGGAGCUUGCAAACCAGGCUGGAAUUCCCCCAGGUGUGUACAACGUGAUUCCUUGCUCUCAAAAGAAGGCCAAGGAAGUAGGGGAAGCACUUUGUACAGAUCCUCUCGUGUCUAAAAUUUCCUUUACUGGUUCGACAGCCACUGGAAAGGUCCUGUUGCACCAUGCAGCAAACUCCGUGAAGAGGGUGUCCAUGGAGCUGGGUGGCCAUGCCCCAUUCAUCGUCUUCGACAGUGCCAACGUGGACCAGGCUGUCGCCGGGGCCAUGGCCUCCAAAUUUAGGAACUCUGGACAGACUUGUGUUUGCUCCAACCGUUUCUUGGUGCAAAGCGGUAUCCACGACUCCUUUGUGAAAAAAUUUGCUGAGGCAAUUAAAACAAACCUGCAUGUGGGUAAUGGAUUUGAAGAGAGAACUACUCAAGGCCCGUUAAUUAACGCAAAAGCUGUAGAAAAGGUAGAGAAACACGUGAGUGAUGCCAUUUCCAAAGGGGCCACCGUUGUGACAGGUGGGAAGCGACACCACGUUGGGGAAAAUUUCUUCGAGCCCACCCUGCUCAGCAACGUCACCCGAGACAUGCUCUGCUCUCAGGAAGAGACUUUUGGGCCUGUGGCGCCUGUUAUCAAGUUCAACACAGAGGAGGAGGCGGUGGCGAUCGCUAACGCGGCCGACGUCGGGCUGGCAGGUUAUUUUUACUCUCAAGACCCGGCCCAGAUCUGGAGGGUGGCCGAGCGGCUGGAAGUCGGCAUGGUUGGUGUUAAUGAAGGACUCAUCUCCUCCGUGGAGUGCCCUUUCGGCGGGGUGAAGCAGUCCGGCCUUGGGCGAGAGGGCUCCAAGUAUGGCAUUGACGAAUAUCUGGAGCUCAAGUACGUGUGCUUCGGAGGCUUAUAGGAUUCUUCAGAAAAUAAAAAGGGAGGCUUACCUAUGUAUGGGGACGUGCCAUCCAUUAUUUUAAAUAAACCCAUAGGGUAGGUGAACUAGGAAUUAAAAAAAAAAAAUCAUCCAAUCCUUUUAAGCAGAUACAGAUCCUACCCCUCCUCUUAGCUGAUGUGGGACCAAUACAUGCCACAAGCCUGUGGCCACAGAUCCCUGAGAACCAGCAGUGGGUUUAUAGGAUGAGGCCCUGGAUCGCCAGCCCCCACGGCCCCACCCACGACCUUGUCUGCCGCAGAGCAAGGUCCAACAAGCCGGUCCUGUAGCCCCCUCACCACGGUGGGACCACAGCCUGGGCAAUGACAUAGCCAGCACCCACGUGGCUCCGGAGUAAGACCCAGGGGGCUGCGGGGGACACCUCUGAGCGUGACUGACAGGCUGGGCAGGAUGCCGCUGCAUGCCUGGGGACCCCCCAGCCGGGUAUUCCGAAGUGUUGCUGCUGCGGCUGAAUCAGUGUGGUUUUUUUUUUUUUUUAAAAGAACUUUAGACACAGCACAGAAUUGCCUGAAUUUCUUUGAGAAAUGAAAGAACCCCACUGUUUUUGACUAGUUUUUAAACCGAAGGCUCCAUCAUCCUCAAUGGCUUAAAGAUUCUGUGUUCACUUCUGUGCUGUUUCUCCACAUCAUGUUUCUGAGAAAAUAAGCAUAAAGCAGAGCAUAGCGGCAGCAGCUUAGUGGGAGGAUGGCUCACAGGUAACGGCCUGGCUGGGCUUUGUCUGCACAGACAUGCUGUCUACCCCCCACACCCACCCCUCAGUACAGUGUAGAUUCUGUUCAUGCCUUACUUAGCUCCAUGGGAUACUCUGAACGUAAGAGAAAGCAAACAUAAUAUUUGCAAAAAGUGAAAAUUCGAUGUUAAGUGUGGGAGUCAGCAUUAUUAUGGGUAGCACCUCCCAGCCCGGCUUGGGUCUCCAGCAGUGGCUUUGCCAAGGUGAGGGGAGGCUGGUACCCACCUGCUUGGCUCCUGAGCCCGAGGGAGGGCUGGUCUCCCACAGCUGCUGUUUAGGAGCCUGGUGGGCUGCCGUCUAUGGGGUCGCGUAGAGUCAGACACGACUGAAGUGACUUAGCAGCAGCAGCAGCAGCAGCUCCUUCACCUGCAGAGAGAGAGCAACAGCGCGUUGAGCACAAUGAUCUCCAAAGGGAAAAGAAUUUCCAUAGUUGCCAGGUGGAAGAGGCACUUUUUAUCCAAUGAGUUUUUAUAGUUCUUCUUUUAAAAACAAAAAGCGCAAUGAUCACUGUUUCCUGUUGCUCUGAAAGAAAAACUCUGAUUAAGAAAACUGUGUCUCUAAACGUCCUAAUAUAUGAGGAAAGGGAAGGCCGGUCCUGGUGGAAUAGACAGGGAUGAAGCUCCCCCUUUUCGUGUGUGUGUGUGUGUGUGUGUGUGUGUGUGUGUGUGUGUGUGUGUGUGUGUGUGUGUGUGUGUGUGUGUGUGUGUGUGUGUGUGUGUGUGUGUGUGCACUCCACUGACAUCCUCUGGGUGGAACAGACAGGGAUGAAGCUCCCCCUUUUCCUGUGUGUGUGUGUGUGUGUGUGUGUGUGUGUGUGUGUGUGUGUGUGUGUGUGUGUGUGUGCACUCCACUGACAUCCUCUGGGUGGAACAGACAGGGAUGAAGCUCCCCCUUUUCCUGUGUGUGUGUGUGUGUGUGUGUGUGUGUGUGUGUGUGUGUGUGUGUGUGUGUGUGUGUGUGCACUCCACUGACAUCCUCUGGGUGGAACAGACAGGGAUGAAGCUCCCCCUUUUCCUGUGUGUGUGUGUGUGUGUGUGUGUGUGUGUGUGUGUGUGUGUGUGUGUGCACUCCACUGACAUCCUCUGGGUGGAACAGACAGGGAUGAAGCUCCCCCUUUUCCUGUGUGUGUGUGUGUGUGUGUGUGUGUGUGUGUGUGUGUGUGUGUGUGUGUGUGUGUGUGUGUGUGUGUGCACUCCACUGACAUCCUCUGGGUGGAACAGACAGGGAUGAAGCUCCCCCUUUUCCUGUGUGUGUGUGUGUGUGUGUGUGUGUGUGUGUGUGUGUGUGUGUGUGUGCACUCCACUGACAUCCUCUGGGUGGAACAGACAGGGAUGAAGCUCCCCCUUUUCCUGUGUGUGUGUGUGUGUGUGUGUGUGUGUGUGUGUGUGUGCACUCCACUGACAUCCUCUGGGUGGAACAGACAGGGAUGAAGCUCCCCCUUUUCCUGUGUGUGUGUGUGUGUGUGUGUGUGUGUGUGUGUGUGUGUGUGUGUGUGUGUGUGUGCACUCCACUGACAUCCUCUGGGUGGAACAGACAGGGAUGAAGCUCCCCCUUUUCCUGUGUGUGUGUGUGUGUGUGUGUGUGUGUGUGUGUGUGUGUGUGUGUGUGUGUGUGUGUGUGUGUGUGUGUGUGUGUGUGUGUGUGUGUGUGUGUGUGUGUGUGUGUGCGUACUCCACUGACAUCCUCUGGAUGUUUUGGGGAGCGUAAGGAAAACAUGCAUGAAAGGAGUGCUGGAGGCUGCUCCUGGACCAGCCAGGACAUAGCACCCCUCACUGAGCCAUGGGGAGCUGAAGAGCUAAAGGUCUGAGAUGUCUCUGUGCACAGAGGUACCACGGCCAGUCCCGGAGCUGGCUUGUGUUUGCCCUGGGUUACAUCAGCCAUCCCCCUGAGGCCCAGCUAAGGAAUCAGCUGAAGUCCACCUCCUGGUGACGGGCACUGCUCAGACCCUGUCCAUAAUCACAUACACAUCAUAUUGACAGUGAAUUUGCACUUACUAGUUCUGGGGUUGUUUCAUGUAACAUUUUAAUUACUUAAUGUUUGGAUGUGUCCAUCUGUUCUCUAUUAACAAUAAAAAUGCUCUAAAUAGUUUUUAGAAGUCCAGAAUACUAGUGCUUGAAAUGUUUGGGGGAAUACAUUCAAAUACGUUUGUAACUUUGUAACUCAGUAGCUGCUUUGGCUUGAUGGCAGAUUUUGAGUUUUCUAGUAUAUCUGUUUGACCAGGUACAUAAAUUGAGGGCCAGAGACUCACUGCAAUAGCCUUGAUUAAUUUUGGAAUUAAAAUAAUUUGAAAAGGCAAUAGCUUACUGUUUAGUAAAAUUGAUCUGGAUUGUGGGGAAAGAUGUAUUUUUUUUUUUUCUUUUUUUCUUUUUUUUUUAUUAGUUGGAGGAAGAUGUAUUUUUUAAAUGAACAUUUUUGGGGGUUAUUGUUCAGUAAGGUGAUCGAUUAUGUGAUAGAAUAUGUGAUGGAUUUGUUAAAAAAUGUGUGUUUUAACGUGAAAUAGAAAAGGAUCAUUAGACUGGAGGUUGGCUUACAGGCCAAAUGUGGUCUGCUAUCUGCUUUUGUACAACCCAGAGCUAAGAAUGGUUUUUAUAUUCCCAAAUGGUUAGGGGAGGAAAACAAUCAAAAGAAUAGUAUUUCAUGACACAUGGAAAUUUUCUGAAAUUCAGAUAUCAGUGUCCAUAACUCUUUGCUAUCUUUGUGGACUGUAGUCCACCAGGCUCCUCUGUCCAUGGAAUUCUCCAGGCAGUACUGGAGUGGAUAGCCAUUCCCUUCUCCAGGGGAUCUUCCCAACCCAGGGAUCGAACCUGGGUCUCCUGCACUGCAGGAGGUUCAUUACCAUCUGACCCACCAGGGAAGCCCCAAAUAAAAUGUUAUUGGAACUCAGCCACACCCAUUCAUUUACCAUAGGAUCUGUGGCUACCUUCUAGGCAGAAUUGAGUAUCUGUACCACAGUUUUUUACAGAAAUAGUUUGCCAGCCUCUGAUCUAAACCAAGAGGAAGAUACUGACUUUCCCAAGUUUAUGAGGCAUUAUUUCAUUUUAUUGACCACCUACUGUGUAAAAAGUACUUUUCCAGGCCUUGCUCCAGUGAAUUCUCACCAAGAAUUUUCCAGCAAUCGUCACAUAACUCAUACGAAAUCACCCAGAUAACGGGAGUCUGUUGGCCUUGAGGAAACACUUCUCAGUUCACUUUCCCCAGCUAUGCAGGGAUUCUCAUUUUAAACCUUCUCUGUACCUGUUAUCUUUAUCCAGUUGAGUAGCUUUUAAACCUAAUUUUAUGUCAAGUGUUGGCUCAUCUACCUUUAAUUUUUAUGGAAAGACUUAGUGAAAGAUCAGAAGCACAAUGCAGAUAAAUCUGUUUUACUGUAAACUUAGAUCAUUAACUUUAAACUCUGCCGCAUGACUGCCUUCUCUGCAGGCUGAAGCCCAGGGCUUUAAUUAUUCAUAUGCGGCUAUGAUAGAUAGCAUUUUACGUGAAGAAUAUUUACGCUGUGGUUUUUUUUCAUGCUGUAUUUUGUGCGAUAAAACUUGGGGAUAAGUGUAGUUGGAACUGUGAAAACAUUUUGUUUUUUAAAAAUGUACAUGUAAUUCACUUUCCAGUUUUUGAUAACUGUGUAUGUGUGUCAAUGCAGCAGAGUUGUGUGUGUGUGUGAUUAAUAAAGGUUGAAUUAACAGAA